CAGAUGUUUCCUCACCGUUGUAUUGACGUAAUUCUAACCUGUGAUAGACACGUUGUUCUCACGUGAAGAAUCUAAUCGUUUGAUAAAUAAAACAUAUGGCAGACAAUCAUUGCAUGUAUUUUGUCAAGCGGAAGAAACGUUUCUGCCGUAUGACAGUGCGAGAGGGCAAACGAUAUUGCGGCGAGCAUCAACAAGACGCGAACGAUGCAGGUGAUGAAAGAGUCGAGUGUCCACUAGAUCCUAAGCACACGUGUUAUCAAUCGAAAUUAACGAAGCAUUUAAACGUGUGCAACGCUAAACAAAGAUUAGACGCGCAGCCUGCGUUUGUGGUCAAAGGCGUGAACUUGGACAGCGAGACGACGACAGUGACACUGCACGUGCCAUUAUCGCAGCUUGACGAAACUGUGGUGAAUACGGUGAUAAAGAAGAUCCACUCCGCCUAUGAAAAAUUGCCAAAAUUUUCGACGGUCAUACUCCAACACGACACGUUGAAAGCUAGAUUGAGCGACGAACCUUGCGGCAAUAAUGCAAGAAAACACUUGCUUCAAAAUGCAUCUUUGCUUGGACAUUUAGAGCAAGCUGGUCUCCUACAGGAUGAUACUUGUUUUAUUGAAUUUGGAGCGGGAAGAGCUCAAUUAACAUAUUGGUUGGGGCAGAUUAUAAAACACAAAUCGAACAGUUGCAUUUUGCUGGUUGAUCGUUCCAGUCAUCGGCACAAAAAUGACAAUAAACUCAAAAGAGAAGAGAGCUGUUUAAUGGUAAAGAGAGUGCAUGCGGACAUUGCCGAUCUGCGGUUGAACCAGAUCGCGGAGAUGCAGUCAAUUAAAAACAAAGUUGGUAUAGCGAAGCAUCUUUGCGGCACGGCGACAGAUCUGGCGAUACGCUGCCUGGUAAAGUCAAUGAACGAUGAGCCCAAAGUCAACGUUUGCGGCCUAGUCGUCGCGUUUUGCUGCCAUCACAAAUGCGAGUACUCGUCUUACAUAGGCAAAGAAUACCUACAACAGUGCGGCUUCACCGCAGACGAGUUCCCUGUUUUGUGCAAAAUCGUCAGUUGGGCGACUUGUGGCGGUCGUUUGAAAAAUGAUGCUAAAUCGCAACAUGAAGUCUUCAACGAGCAACAUAGUGGGAAGGAUAUCGAUCAAUCUUCGGAAUUAUUAAAUGAACGCGAAUUUGUCGGGCGGAAAGCUAAAACGCUACUAAACUGGGGUCGCUUGGUGUUUUUGCAAAGCGUUGGAUUUCAGGCUGAACUAUUUUAUUACACCUCCACCAACGUUUCCUUAGAAAAUAUGUGUAUUGUGGCGAAACAAGAACGAGAACGAGAACGUUCAACGUGAUACAGACAUUUUACGUUUAUCGCUUAUAGUGUUAUUUCAACAUUUACAUUAUUUUUAACUCUAUUCGUCAAUAAAUACAUUCUUAUGUAAUUUAAA